AUGUCUGCUGAUUCGAGUGCUGAACCGUCUGCUGCUGGUUCAUCGGGUUCUAACGAGAGCCCUACAAAGAUUGAGCCGAUACGGAUGCCAACCGUCGAGGAGAUGAGAGCCCAAGAGGUUUGGAACAACUGCGCUGUCAAAAGUGUAGCUAGUGGCGUCAUGGGAGGAGGGCUUGGGUUGAUGAUGGGUUUGUUCUUGGGAGCGUUGGAUAAUCCUAUAAUGCAUGAUACGAUGACUGGUAGGCAGCAGUUUGUGUACACAGCUAAACAAAUGGGGCAAAGGAGUUGGAGUUCUUGCAAGACUUUUGCGGUUAUGGGUUUGGUUUACUCUGCUGCUGAAUGCAUUGUCGAGAAGGCAAGAGCGAAGCAUGAUAUAGUAAACACUGCUGUUGCUGGAUGUGUGACCGGUGGUAUAAUGUCUGCACGAGGUGGGCCAAAAGCUGCGUGUAUAGGUUGUGCUGGCUUUGCAACUUUCUCUGUACUGAUAGAGAAGUUCUUCGAUAGGCAUACAUAA